AUGGCGACAGGCCUCAAUGGCUUCCCUGUGGAUACCCACCUUCCCGGCCACGAGGGUACGUCCAUCACGCGGCAUGGCUUCAGAAUCACCACGCGCAAGCUACCCAUCCUCAAGGCCGGCCCAAUCGAAGAGAUGAGCAAGAAGCUCGGCAUCACACCUCCCGAAAUGAUCUUCGGGGACAAUCUCGUCACUGUGGAAUACAAGGAGAGCGGUUGGAAGAUUGAGUUCAACGCGUUUGAUGCGCUAGAUCGCGUGGAUAAGACUGGAGAAGCUAUGCUAAAGGUGUCGUAUUCAAAGGAGUGGCAGCAGAACCGAUCCAAACAAUUCGAGGAUAUCAAGGAAGUUGUCAAACCAUUCGACUGGUCCUACAGCACAGACUACAAAGGCACCACGCCCGUACCCAACCCCUCGUUCGAGCCUACGACAACGCCCAUCCCACUACAUCUACUAAAGCGUCCUGACCCAAUCCUUUUCUUUGACGACGUGAUGCUUUACGAAGACGAAUUGGCGGACAACGGCAUCGCCAUGCUGUCAGUGAAGGCCCGUGUCAUGCCUGAACGAAUGCUGCUACUCUGUCGAUUCUUCAUGCGGCUGGACGAUGUCCUCUUCCGAAUCAGGGAUACGCGAGUGUAUGUUGAGUUUGCUACUGGCGAAGUGAUACGGGAAUACACCGCGCGAGAGGAGAAGGUUGAGGCAGUCAGAGAGGCGCUCGCAAGGACGAGAGAUGAUGUUCCAGCACAGAUGAGAGACCCCAACAAACUCGCGGAGUUACUGUCGAUAGUUGAUAAGAGUUUGGAGAGACUCGUGGUAAAGUGA